AUGGGACUUCUUCCAUGUCCUUGUCCUUUGCCUUGCCACAGUCACACAAACAGAGAAUCUCAAUCUCAAUCUCACUCUAAUCGCCUUCAAUCAUAUUCAUCAAUCCCCUCCCUCUCCUCUCAGCCAAGUUUACCGUCCGUUCCUUCCCUCACCUCACCCUUUCAACAACAGGAACAAGCCCCCACUACCCACCACCACUGCCUAGGCACUCUCAAAGCCCACUCCUCUUAUGUAUCCUCCCUCGCUCUAGCCGGAAAAUUCCUUUUCAGCGGUUCUUCAAACAGCGAGAUUCGAGCUUGGAGCCGAGACACUUCUGUGGAGACUCCAACUGAUAACUUAGUAGCCACUGGCAAUGGCGCCGUCAAGUCCCUGGUGGUUUUGGGCGAUAAGCUUUUUAGUGCCCACCAAGAUCACAAAAUCCGCAUAUGGAAAAUCGAUAACAACACUUUAGUAAAAAGAUACGAAUGCAUAGCCAUGCUUCCCACACUAAAUGACCGUUUCAUACGAUGCUUCUCCGCUAACAAUUACGUAGAGGUGAGGAGACACAAGAAGUGCACGUGGGUACAUCACGUUGAUACUGUAUCGGCACUUGCGAAUUCAAGAGAUGGUUCUCUUCUCUAUUCCGCUUCAUGGGAUCGAACGUUCAAAAUCUGGCGAACAUCCAAUUUCAGGUGUUUGGAAUCAGUCAAGAAUGCUCACGAUGACGCCAUCAAUGCUUUAGUAGUAUCCCAUGAUGGGUUUGUUUACACAGGUUCGGCGGACAAGAAAAUAAAGGUAUGGAAAAAGCAUGCAGAGGAGAAAAAGCAUUCACUUAUGGCUACUUUAGAGAAACACAAGUCAGCUGUUAAUGCUUUAGCGCUUAGUUCUGAUGGGUCUGUACUGUAUUCCGGUGCAUGCGAUCGGUCAAUUCUGGUAUGGGAGAGAGAUUAUAAUAUUACAGGCAAUGGCUCUGAACAUAUGAUGUUGAUGGGUGCCCUUAGAGGGCAUAAUAAAGCGAUCCUGUGCUUAGCGGUUGUUUCAGAUUUGGUGUGCAGUGGGUCGGCUGAUAAUACAAUUUGGAUAUGGAAAAGAGGAAACGAGAAGAGUUAUACUUGUUUAGCGGUUCUGGAAGGCCACAAAAAGCCGGUUAAGUGCUUGACCGCGGUUGUUGAUAGAGAUAAUGUAAUAGAAAAUUCCGAGUCCGGUACUUCUUAUCUGGUUUAUAGCGGGGGCUUGGAUUGUGAUAUUAAGAUCUGGCACAUAUGGGUUCCAUUUCUGCAAAACUUUUAGCAUAAAGCUGUUUUUCGAUUCUGUAUAUGCAUAUUGGAAAUUUGUUUUUUUUUUUUUUUUUCUUCCUUUUGAUCAAUUGUUAUACUGUAAGAUUGAAUUGUACCAAUGUUUGUAUACAUAUAUAUAAUAUACUAGAUGUUUGAGUCA